AUGAAAAGAGGAGUUUUAUGUGGUUUAGAAUUUAAUCCAGUAACAAAUACAUCUUUAUAUCCUGAUUAUGAUAUGGAUAUUGGAUUUGAUGUACAAAUAUCAACCGAAGCUCUUGUGAGGAUCAAUGAAAUUCGUAAACAAAUUAAUUUAGCAUUAUAUAGUGCAGAAUCAGCUGGAAAUAAAGAUUUAACGCGAUCAGUUCGACGAACAACUACAACUAAAUUACAAAAGUUACUCGAAGCAAAACUACCACCCAAUCGAAAUAAUUAUUUUGGAACAUUUCAAUGGAAUAGAUUAAAUCCCGAUGAUCGUGUUCCAAAAAUGACUGAAGAUGUUUCACCUGAUCAUUUAAAACUAUUUCCACUCCAUGAUGAUGUUAUAACAUGUACAGUUGAAAUUAAUGAUGAACAUCGUUUAAAAAUGAUCUAUCAUCUUAUUUGGCUACGAGAAAAAGCAACAAUUACGACAUUUAUGUGUCAGAUUACUUGUCAAUUAUGUGAUAUGAAUUUUAAUUUUACUUCAGAUUUGUUUGCCCAUUUGUCGUCAAGUCAAUCAACAUCGAGAACUUAUACACAAGAAGAAGUAAAAACAAUUUCUCCAAUUAUUUCUGAUGUUAAUGUUAAUACAAAUAUUCAUCAAUCUACAACAUCACUUCCAGUAAUUAAUUCAAAUACAGCAAUGAUUUCCCCAUUAGCAACAAUAACACCAACACCAUCAUUAGCAAUUAUACCACAAGUGCAACAAAAUCAACAAUCACAAUCACAAUUAUCAUUAUCAUUACCAAAUUUACUAAUAUUAUCAUCGAAUAAUCUACUUUUAUCAACACAAAUAAUGGCAAUGAUGAAUUCAAAUGCAUCAAAAACAUUAGCUUCAAUAGUAACACAAAAUACAACGAAUAAUAAUACAUUAUCAAUAUUAACUUCAUUAACAUCGAAUGAAUUACAUGCAAGUUAUUCGUGA